AUGCGUGAGAAAGAGCCGGUGGUCGGCAGCACUGAUUAUGGGAAGGAUGAGGAUAGCGCCGAGUCGCUGCUGAAGAAGCACCGUGCUUUGAUGUCCGAUCUCGAAGCUUUCAAGUCAACGAUUGAUGAGCUGCAAAAGCAGGCCAGUCAGUGCAGAUACCAGGAGCAGCCAGGCGGACAGCUCGGACGUGAAUGCGUCAUGGCCCUGUAUGAUUAUACAGAAAAGUCACCAAGAGAAGUGUCAAUUAAGAAAGGCGAUGUUCUCACUCUUCUUAAUUCUACCAAUAAGGAUUGGUGGAAAGUGGAAGUUAAUGAUCGCCAGGGAUUUGUUCCUGCAGCGUAUGUAAAAAAAGUUGAAGCAGGUGCUGCGCAAAAGUCUGCAACGCAGCAGGUAAUGCACAUCGCCUUAGGACCUUUUUAUGCGUUUUGUGCUGUGUAACA